AGGAUCUGACGAGUGACAAGGACGAGCCACAGCCACCCCGCGUCUCGUGCUCCUCUGCUCGCUGCCCAACGAACGCCGCGUGUCGUGAUCCUAAUCCAGCGCCGGAAUGCCCGAGGUGGCAGCACCCCCGCCGCUACCGCCGCUGUUGGCGGUGGCGAGCUCCCCGGCGUCUGCUGCGCUGCCGCGGGCGAGGCGGCGGCAGCAGCGGAGGGGGUGGCGGCGCCCGCGCGGGUUGCUGGUCUGGGGCGCCCUCGUGGCCUUCUUCUUCAUCAUGAACUGGUGGAUGUUCUCUCGACUUCAGGACCCCUCGGCGCGCCCGCACUUUCGGCUGAGGCGCCAUGCGCCCCGCGCGUCCGCCACUGCCAAUUCGUCGCUCUUGACUCUGGAAGAGGUGGCUCGUGCUGCUAAGGGGAAGAGGGCACAUACGGUUAUGCUCACCCAGUUGCUCGCUUUGGCAAGCCAUGCUUUGGCAGAGGCAGAAACCAGGCCUGAACCUAAGGAUCUGUGGGAAGAGCCGAUAAACGCUACUAUGUGGAGACCGUGUUCUGAUCAAAGGGAUUGGAAAGCCUCAGAGGGAACCAAUGGGUACAUCAUGAUCAGUGCGAAUGGUGGCAUAAACCAGCAAAGGGUUGCGAUUUGUAAUGCAGUUACAAUCUCUCGGUUGCUCAAUGCAACUCUUGUCCUCCCAAAAUUCUUGUACAGUAAUGUGUGGCUGGACAAAAGUCAGUUUGGCGAUAUAUAUCAGGAGGAUUAUUUUAUCAAAUAUCUGAAAUCUGAUAUUCAGAUUGUAAAGGAUCUUCCAGUAGAGCUGCAGUCAUUAGACUUGGAGGCCAUCGGUAGCCUUGUUAAUGAUACAAAUGUCAUGAAAGAGGCAAAGCCCAGUUUAUACGUAAAAAAAAUACUGCCAAUUUUACUGAGAAACAGAGUUGUUCACUUUAUAGGAUUUGGCAAUCGCUUAUCUUUUGACCCAAUACCUUCUGACCUUCAGAGAUUGCGAUGCAGAUGUAAUUUUCACGCUCUUCGUUUUGUACACAAAAUUCAAGAAACUGGUGCAGUUCUUGUAGAGAGGUUGCAUGGCCACAGGGCCUCUUCGUCACCUUUGAAGGAUAAUCUUUUAGGCCAGUUUGCUAUCAAGUCUGACCCCAGUACGAACAAGAGUGACGCAUCCAAAUAUCUGGCUGUUCAUCUCCGGUUUGAGAUUGAUAUGGUUGCAUACUCAUUGUGUUACUUUGGUGGUGGCAAAGAUGAGGAAGACGAACUAGAAGCUUAUCGCCAAAUUCACUUUCCUGUUCUGUCAGAACUCAAGAAGACGACAAAGUUGCCGUCUGCUGCUUUGUUACGGUCUGAAGGCAAAUGUCCCCUUGCACCUGAAGAGGCUGUGCUUAUGCUUGCUGCUAUUGGUUUCAAGCGCAGCACAAAUAUAUACAUUGCAGGUGCUGAAAUUUAUGGAGGGCAAUAUAGGAUGGCUGCAAUAAGUCGUCUUUAUCCUGCUUUAGUAACUAAAGAAACCCUUCUGUCUCCAUCAGAGCUUGAACCAUUUAGGAACUUCUCAUCUCAGUUGGCAGCCCUAGACUUCAUUGCAUGUGCAGCUGCCGAUGCAUUUGCUAUGACUGACCCAGGAAGUCAAUUCUCUUCUCUUGUUCAAGGUUACCGCAUGUACUAUGGUGGUGGGAACUUUCCCACAAUAAGGCCAAACAAGCGCCGGCUAGCCAGCAUACUUGUGAAGAAUGCCACGAUUGAGUGGAAUGAAUUUGAAAGUAGAGUAAGGAAACUCAUACAGCAAACUAAGCAAGUUCAUGAGAGGCCUGUUGCAAGAAGCAUAUUUAGACAUCCACGAUGUCCAGAAUGCAUGUGCAGAACAGAGCACUAAUAUUUUGAUAGUUUCUUGUAUCUAUACCAACAGUUGUUUUUUCAGAAGAAAGACUACCAAUUAGAUCGCCAAAGGUAGUUCUUUUGUGCUCCCGCUGAAAUCUGGAUAGAUCUCUUGCCCUUGAACUACUUUGGAAUCAAACUGUACAAAAGAAAAUAUAAUGAUUGAGCCCUUGUUUGUAUCAGAGAAGCAAUAUAGCUGACUAGCUCAUCAAUUAUCUUACUGCUAUGGUCUACUGCUAGGCAUCAUGUUGGAUUUGGGGUAUUUGGCAGAACUUUGUCUCAUGUUUGAUGGAAGUAGACCAGGGACUAAAUUGAUUGGGGUCAGCUAAACCAUUCUGUGAAUGAAGGUGCAUCAUCUGCAGCUGACUGUGGAAGUAAUAUGUUGACAAAACUGAGCAACAACAUUCUUAUUGUUGCUUGCCUAAAUUCUACUCAGGUUACCAUUCAACAAAUCAAGCUGCCAGAGUUCUGCCAACCUUGUAUUGCCAUCUCCAUUGUUGCUAUCGUGCUCCGGCUGAAAUCUGAAUAUAUCUGUUGCCCUUGAACUACUUUGGAAUCAAACUGUAAAAAAGAAAAUACGGUGAUUGGGCUCUUGUUUGUGUCAGAGAAGCAAUGUAGCUGACUAGCUCAUCCAUUAUCUUACUGCUAUGGUCUACUGCUAGGCAUCAUGUUGGAUUUGGAGUAUUUGGCAGAACUUCGUCUCAUGUUUGAUGGAAGUAGACCAGGGACUAAAUUUUGCACCUCGAUAACAAUGCUGCCAUAUUUUUGAUUGGGGUCAGCUAAACCAUUCUGUGAAUGAAGGUGCAUCAUCUGCAGGUGAAUGUGGAAGUAAUAUGUUGACCUAACUGAGCAACAACAUUCUUAUUGUUGCUUGCCUCAAUUCUACUCGGGUUACCAUUCAACAAAUCAGGCUGCCAGAGUUCUGCCAACCUUGUAUUGCCAUCUUCAUUGUUGCUAUCGUGCCAGGUGGCAUCUUGAUUCCUUUUUUAACCAUUCUUUUGUUCAUUGUACCAUAAGAGACGCAUAUAGUUAGGUUUUAAGUUUAUCCCAACUGAAAGGUUUCAUUAUCAACGAGAGAAAUGUUCCUUUUUGUGCAAUCUUUAUAUGUGCUCAUCCAACGGCACUUGUAUACUAAUGUUUUGGCUAUU